CAACGACGACACGCCUCACCAGAUAUCACUAGACAAUGAAAUAAUACCGGCCGCCCAUUAAUGCUUCCAUAUACCAAUGAGUGCGCAAGCCUCAUUGCGCCGGGGCGCUGCGGCUCGCCCCUCAUCAAUUCCGCCCCACCGCCUCAGUAACGAUAACAACCCCCUCCCAAGCGCGACCGUCAAUCCGCCCAAGACGACUGCUCCUAGCCACAAUGAAGCGCCCGUCGAGAGGCAAUGCGUGCUGUGGGUCCAUGAUGAGAAAUUUUCAAAGGAAGAGGUUAUCUUCAACCACACUCUCUUGCCUGCCGGGCGCUACAAGCUAGGCCAGUUGAUGGCCAUUGUGCCGCUCAAGAACGAUGCCUUGGAUAAGAAACCCGGAAGCUUGGCGGCGAGCCAACAAUUAGAUGCCAGCAUCGCAGACAUGCGGUCGAGCAAGGGAAGCCUGGAUACCCAGGAGGAUGCCGAGAAGCAGUACCUCUUUACAUUGGGCGAGAUGAACAAGGAGACCGCGUCAAAGCACCCCAAUCUAGAAAUAUCAGUGGCUAAACAUGUCGCCGACGUAUUUGGAUUCAAGCAUAGAUCCAAUGUUUUGGUUACGACGACAACCGCUGCCAUUACGACGGCUUCACAUGUCGAAAUGUCCUUCAAGGACGAAUACCUGUCGAGAUCUGAUAUGUGGCGACUCACACUUGCGAAGUUGAGCAACAAGACGGUGUAUAAAGGACAAAAGCUUGUAUUUAUGGGCACAAUUAAGGCACAGAUAACAUCGGUGUAUGUUUCGGGGAGAAAAGUCCAGUCGGCGUUCUUUUCAACAAAUACAAAACCCAUCUUCCGGAGCGAAUCUGCUCGAUAUGUACUAUUUAUUCAGAUGUCUAAAGAAAUGUGGGAUUUUGAUUCAGAAGGAUCCGGAGAGAUUGUGUUUACAAAAGUUGUCAAUGGAUUUUUGCCGGCACUAUUCAAGAGGUGGGUGGCGCUCAAGGCAAAGCACCUUGUUAGCAUUGUCCUGUUUACCCGCGUGGAGUAUGAUACGGGCCUUACCAGUGACAUGGAAGGGAGCGGCGACUCAUACUACACGGGGUAUCAUACCACUGGAUCGAGGAAGCCGUACAAGGAUUUCUAUCGAGUUGUUGUCAGUGAAAUGGCAAGUGGGGAAUGGACGACAAUCCUGUAUCAGCUGAAGGUCGAAUUUCAUUUCUUUCGCCACGAUAUCUCAAUGUUUCGACUUAACAAGUAUGGCUCGAAGCAACCGACUGGAGAUUUCUCGAUGGGCUCGGUUCCUGGUACACGAGUGGAAGCAGAACCAACAUUCGCUGUCCAUGGAAACCUGUUGGAAGCAAUAAAUCUUGCAUCUUCUUCAUUCUCUUCUGACUACAUCGACCGCGACCUUAUCCGAACAGGGAUAUCUAUCGUCAUCAUUACGCCCUGUGCGGGAUUGUUUGAAGUGGACUAUGAGAAGCUGAAAGCUACGACAGACUCUUUGAUAGGUAGCGGGAUCGCAAUUGAUCUCGUCUGUCUCCCCAAGAUUCCUCUGCACUCAGUCCCCCUAUUGCGCUAUCGCAACCCCUUGUUUGAUGUAUACCAGGAAUCACUCCGAGUGAAGGAUAUUGGCAGUGAAAGCAGUACACCGCGGCAAAGCACCACCGCCUUUGGUAGCUUCAACACGCUGCAAGAAUCCUUGUCUCCUUCAAAGGCGUCGGAACUGCAACAACGCCUCAGCACGCUUGCACCUCAAAAUGCCCCUGAAGAAUGGAAUUAUGCUAUUCCGCACUGGCUAGACGUCUCCUUUUGGACAGGAGCAAGCCAAGAACUAUUGGCUAAGCAGGGUGGUAAGAUAUCAAAAGCAUAUCGUCGCAAAGGUAUUGUGAAGCCGAGAAAGAAUUUUCAGAUCAGAUGCAAGAUGUAUGAAAUAGAAAUGCUCGGUCAUGUGGAGAAUACUGAGAUAUCUGUUCCACCUCUGCCAGAUCGCAUCCGCCAACUGGGAAGAAGCGAAGGCGACGAACCUAGCAUUGUGAAGGCACCAAGAAAGCCAUUUUCUGGAAUUGGGGAUCCAUUGUAUGGGCCAACAAGGCCAGUUGUCGACAAGAAAUCUACGACUGCCGAGAAGGAUUUUUUCGAGUUACUAGAGGCCUUUGACGAGAAAGCCGCAGUGGUCUCCAAGCCAGGACGUAGUAAGAUAGUAUCACCAAAGCUUGACAUGAAGAAAUAUCCGAAGCUGUCAAAUGAGACCCACGAAAAGAAGAAGAGCAUCGAUGGCAAGAUAUCUGCACCAUUACCACAUCGCGAGAUACCAAAGGCGCAAAAUCAAACCCUAACAAUCCCAGAGACAAAUAACAAUGGGCUACUGGGUACAACUUCUCGCAAAACCAGCAUAUCAAGCACAAACUCUCAAGCAACCUCCCACUCUAGUCUCCUUGCACGCCCGUUCAAAGUCUCGCGGCAGAUCAGUUUUGGAUUCCGAGGCUUUGGGAUAGCUGCCCCCAAAGCUGCUGUUGCCGAAGUACACACUGAGCAUGCUAAUGCAGCCAGGCUCACAAGUCAAUCCCAAACAUCAACUCCGCAGAAAGAUAGCUCCUCCGCAAUGGCUAGCCAUUUGACAUCAUCUUCUCGGUUCGAUAGGACGACCAACCGGCCUGCUUCAUCUCGAGGAAGUAUAAGAUCAAAAGAAUCUGACCGCAAUGACAAUGCCGAGGAUACGGACAAAUUCACUAGCCGGCCGAUUGCCAUCAAGAGCCCAUUUUCGGGCUUUGAGGCGAACCCCCAAUCACAGGCCAGGUCGAUUUUGGGAUCAUUGUAUGAAGGAGGAGAGGUCAGGGAUGAUGACGACCUACCAACACUACAGAAGCUACUAUCGAACGACACUAUACGAACUUCAAAAUCGAAGCUGUUGGCAGGACCAGCAUCCGAUUUUGCAUCUCUUCCACAGACCGUAGCGCUCUCUCCAUGGCUGAAUGUUCUCAACCCAUCAAACCCCACUGCUGCUGACAAUGAUGCAAGCCAAUAUAAACGAUGGCAACACAUAUUUCCCGGUCCUGUUGUCACAAAGGCGAUGAAGUGGAAGUCCCUGUGUUCUCCGGCAUCAGUGCCGCUUACGACCGAAUAUUUCCCGACUAAAGUCCAACUUGAUACAGAAUUCCAGCAGAAGCCAUAUAAUAUAUCCCAAAAUAUAGACGAAGAUAUGCUCGAAGUGCCGAAGACAAGAGGAGAAUUUCUGAGAGAGCUCGUAGCAUUGCGACUUUCACAUGGGUUCCAGAUCGUCGUCGGAACUGCCGUUGCCGAAGCCUUUGGGCAGAAGGCAUUGAAGAUUGCAAACGCAUUCGAGGAUGAUCAUAUUGCUGAGGAUGGCACGAGCAUAUUUUUGUCCAUGGGGAAUAUCAUCCACCAACUUUCGUGCGUCAACGGAACCGAAGUCGAAGUAAACAUGUUUACAAGGAAAUCGGCCACGUUUUUACAGAAUGAGAAUGCCGAGACUCAAAACUAUAAGCCUGCGAUACGGACGUACUUCGAUUCCGAUUACGCCUGUCGCGAUGUUGCUCUACAAAAACCACUUCCUGAAUAUAAUUGGAAUUAUGUAGAUUCGUUUAUUGCGGGGCAUAAUGAGGAUAUAACCGAUAAUCUACGAUACUGGAGAGCAAGGUUUGUCCUUAUUCCCGUGGAACGGCCAGCCUUCCUUCAUAGGCCCAAGGGCGAAGACACAGAAGAAGAAAUUCGAUUGGAGGGCAUCAAAGCCUUGACACAGAUGUGGCAAAGACAUCGUUACACUCCGCCAUCCGAGCGUAGAUUUCAAAAUCUGUCCAGCCGACGGGUGAAAGAUCCAAACCCACUCGAUAUUUGGUAUCAAACACAGGAUCCUUCGGUUGUUAUCGCCGCUGAGCUUGAGACUCUACCAAUAUUAGAGACCGGAGAGGCACAAAUUAAGCGUGGCCAGCUUCUUUCUGAAAAGGAGCGUUUCAAGAAAUCGAAUUUGAAUAUCGGGAUGUUGGCUGAAGCUAUCCAGGCUCCCGUGGAAAAGGGUGGAGUCAGAAUGCAGAAUCGAAGGUGGCAUUUCAGACUGCAUUAUAAUUGCUUUAUCGGAUCCGAUAUGACAACUUGGCUGUUGGAGAAUAUCGAGGAUAUCGAAACCCGCGAAGAAGCCAUUGAGUUCGGCAAUAUGUUGAUGGUUAACGAUGAGGAAAGGCGCGCGAACACGGACUCCAAAGAAAAGGAGAAGGACUUUGGAAUAUUUGUCCACGUUGAAAAGCGCCACCCCUUCCGUGACGGCCAAUAUUUUUACCAAGUUGUUGGUGAACACGCAAAACCUCGACCUGAGACACGUACAGGGUGGCCAUUCGGGCCCCGUCGCAGAGACACCAAGGAUCCCAAAGAUAUUUCUGUUCCAACAACUCCCAUGACCGAGAAUGCCCCCAAAGAGUCUCCAAAGCCAGAAAGAACUCAGGCCAAUUCUAUUAAUGAUGAAAACAAGUCGACAGACCCUGGCACAGAACCACCUACCCCAACUGCUCGCAAACCCAAGGUAUCCCUCAGUAAUGUCAUGAAAUACGACGUCGAUCCACGGAAACGCUCGUACCGCCCUGAGCGUAUCAAUCUGCAUUAUGAUCGGAUCCACAACCCUGACAAUUGCUAUCAUAUACGCCUUGACUGGAUGAAUGUCACUGCAAAGCUCAUUGAGGACGCCAUCGCUUCAUGGACUCUCACAGCUGACCGGUAUGGGCUACGGCUCGUCGAAGCUCCAAUAGCAGAAGCUUGCACAAUCUCAAGUAGCCACCCCUUCCGCGCACCCUACCAUCUCAAACUCGCCCUCCCACCCCCUGAAAAACAACCGCCUACCGACUUCGACGCCACCAGCCUCGCCCCCAUAUCCAGCCCACAGAAGCACUACUACCAAAAAGCGAUCAUGAAGAAGUUCAACUUCGUCCUCGACACCGAGGCCGCAGCCAACUUCCCCACAAACGUCGAGGUGAUCUACAGCUGGGGCAAGCCGAACUACGCCUACUCGCAGUACAUCCACCGCUCCGGUACCGGCUUCGCCCAAAUCACCGACGAAGGCGAUUUUCUCCUGACCAGCAAUAAGAUGUUCAAUAGCCGCACCCAUAUCGUCCGCGACAACGACCGCUUCGUGCCGCCACCCCGCCAACAAACCCCCAUCAGCAGCCCCAUGCUGCGUGCCACCAUGGCCAGUCCCGGCCUGAAGCCGAGCCCAGUCGCGAAGCCGAGCGCCGCGGUGCCGACUUUCGCUGGGAAGGAGAAGCAGGGUCCAGAUGUUGCGAUUAAGGAUGACAUGGAACGCUUCUGUAAUGACGUUGAGGGACUACGCCGCUUCUAUGCUGAGGUAUGGGAGAAGGCUACGACUUCGGCUGUAAUGCCUACUCCACCAGUCUUCAAGGCUGGAGCGGCUGGAGCGCGCGAGGCGGCGGCGACGGCAGCAGGUCUGGUGGUUGAUGAUGCGAAUAUUCCUGUGCUGGGACUCGGGCCGGGAUUGACAUGGAUGGGUGGCAAUAAUGGGCCUAUAGGGAGUUUUAGAGAUGCGAGGGGGGAGUUGAGGGAGGGGUGGGGAAGUUUUAGGGAUGCGGGAGGGUUUGGGAGUUUGAGGACGCCGUCUUUUAGGAGGGGGAGUGAACAUGCGAGUGAUUCGGGGAGUGGAAGUAAUGCGCCUAAGGGAGAGUGA